AUGGUCCUUCGCCGUAGGCACAGCCAUGAGACCUGCAGGAAGAAGCUCACUGAUGACCUUGACAAGAGCAGCAUUGCCAAAUAUGCCCUGGGGACAGAAUCACCCCUGGCUGAGAACCACCACUCCGGAGCAAUCGGCCAUCCGCUCUUGCCUCGCUCGUUCGAAGGUGUGCGGAGCGCGGGGGAAGUUGGGACCACAGGCCUCCGCCGCGCACUAGACGCGCCCCGGGGCCGCCCAGCCAGGUCCAGGUUGGAGGGGGCGGUCCCGGCGGCGGGCGCAGGCGCNGCGCUCCCCAACAGCGGCGGCGCGGGGGCGCCGUCGGGCACGGUCCCCGUGCUCUUCUGCUUCUCGGUCUUCGCGCGGCCCUCGUCCGUGCCGCACGGCGCAGGCUACGAGCUGCUCAUCCAGAAGUUCCUCAGCCUGUACGGCGACCAGAUCGACAUGCACCGCAAAUUCGUGGUACAGCUCUUCGCCGAGGAGUGGGGCCAGUACGUGGACCUGCCCAAGGGCUUCGCGGUGAGCGAGCGUUGCAAGGUCCGGCUCGUGCCGCUUCAGAUCCAGCUCACCACCCUGGGAAAUCUUACACCUUCAAGCACUGUGUUUUUCUGCUGUGAUAUGCAGGAACGAUUCAGACCAGCCAUCAAGUAUUUUGGGGAUAUUAUUAGUGUGGGACAAAGAUUGUUACAAGGGGCCCGGAUGUUAGGAAUUCCAGUUAUUGUAACGGAACAGUACCCUAAAGGUCUUGGAAGCACCGUUCAAGAAAUUGAUCUAACAGGUGUAAAACUGGUCCUUCCGAAGACCAGGUUCUCAAUGGUGAUACCCGAAGUAGAAGCAGCGUUAGCCGAGAUCCCUGGAGUCAGGAGUGUCGUGUUGUUUGGAGUAGAAACUCACGUGUGCAUCCAGCAAACAGCUCUGGAGCUAGUUGGCCGAGGUAUUGAGGUUCAUAUUGUUGCUGAUGCCACCUCAUCGAGGAGCAUGAUGGACCGGAUGUUUGCUCUCGAGCGUCUUGCUCGAACCGGCAUCAUAGUGACUACGAGUGAGGCUGUUCUGCUACAGCUGGUGGCAGAUAAAGACCAUCCCAAAUUCAAGGAAAUUCAGAAUUUAAUUAAGGCGAGUGCUCCAGAGUCGGGCCUGCUUUCCAAAGUAUAAGGACAUUUGAAGGACUGGUAUGCUACUCACCAUCAGGUGACAGGACUGCAAGCCCAGACGAGCUCUUGUCUCUCCUAGAAUUAAAAUGUUAAAGUCAAAAUGUGGCUCCUUUAUUGCGCCUCUUAGUCAAACAUAACCAGUUAGGCCAUUUGGAUACCAGCGUUUAGUUACAAAUGUCAAAGGCUUCAGGUGCUGCCUACCUUCUUUUUUUUUGUCAAUGUGCUUUUAUUUAUUAAAAAAAAUUAUAAUGGAGGUGCCUGUUUUGUGUAUACUGUAUCCACUGGUCAUUAUUUUUUAAAGUGAGUACUCUUGUGACGUGUCCUUAAAUUGUGCGCUGUAAAGAAAACAACGUACCGAUAAUGGUUUGACUUUCGUAGUAUUGUUAAGAUGUCUGUUGUGGUGUGGACUCAGUGCUUUUACUUUACAGGUAGAUUGAAAUAGGAUUAUUAGGUGAGAAUUUCAAACAGGCCUGUGGAUCAUGCUACCCCUUGAUCUAACCAAACAAAUGUAUAUUGAAUAAUUAUAUGUCUUUCUUGAUAAUGCUUGUUUUCUUAUUCUAGUCACUAUCACUGAUUCUCUGUUAAUGGUCUCUUUUUUUUUUUUUUUCAAAGCAGAAUCUUUUAUUUAGAAAUUCUUAUUGGGCCAUUCUUUGUUUUAAUUUUGCAAACAGAGUGGUUUACAAUGUUAUAAAAUUAGUGGAGAACUGUUUUAAAUUUUUGACUUUGGCUGAAUGUGUUUACAACAAUGUUGAAUACAUCUAAUAUGCACCAGAUUUAGCAGAGAGUUACAAGCUGGAUAAAAUGGAGUUUUCAAACAUCCAUAUUCUUAUUCGGUAUUUUCUCUACCUACCCUCCAAAUAUUACAGUUAAUGCAAAGGCUUGAGUCAUGAUUUCGUAGUAUUAAUUUUGUAGUCAUUGCUACCCUUCAAUAAAUUUAUUUUCAUUAAAAAUUUAGAGGGUUUUAAAACUUUUUUUUACAUUAUGUGAAAUAUGGAACAUUGCUGUCUUUUAUAUUAAAGUAAUUAAAG